AUGUACAAGAUGCACUUCUUGUCUUGUAUUGCACUAACUCUCGCAUUCAUCGCAGACGGUGCACCUACCUCGAGGUCCAGUCAGGAAACACAGCAGCAGCUGGAGCAACUGAUACUGGAUCUGCAGCGGCUUCUGAAUGGAGUCAGGAAUGACAAGAACUCCAAACUCCCCAUGAUGCUCACGUUUAAGUUUUACAUGCCCAGGAAUGCCACAGAAUUGAAACAUCUGCAGUGUCUAGUCGAAGAACAUGAAGCUCUGGAGAAAGUGCUAAAGUUAGAUCAAAGCAAAAGCUUGAGCAAUAUCACGGAAUUAAUGAGCAAUGUCAAUGUACUCGCUCAGAACCUGAAGGGACCUGAAACGAGAUUCAAAUGUGACGAUGAUGAUGAGACGGUGAACAUCGUAGACUUCCUGAACAAGUGGAUUACCUUUUGUCAAAGAAUCGUCUCAACACUGACUUAA